AUGCAGAGCACUCGACUCAAUGCCCUCUCUUCAUCUUUAGGAGGUGGUAUUAAGGGUGGUAAUCAGAGAUCCUCGUCGCCACACAAUCCAGAAAAUCCUAAAUUCUCCCCAUCAACCAUCAUAACACCAUCGUCACCUUCCAGAUUUAUAGGUCCACUCCAAUAUGUAAAUCCGGUUUACAUCAGGCGUGUGGACUCCAUACUCAGAAGUUUCCCCACCGACGGUGAUCCCACGGAGGUCUACAACGCCCUUAAAGCCCAUCUAGGAAUUUCUUGGUCUAAGGACCCUGCUCCGCCACCACCAACAGAGGGGCUGCCUCGUCCCAGUGAUCCAUCUUUUCGACAAAAGGAGGCGGAAUUUAACCUUCCAACGACCAUAGAAGAAGACUCCAUCCCAAGAAGAACGCGCCAUCAGGCAAUGAACCAGCUGCUUUUUGAAGCUGGAGGUUCAAGACAACAAAUGGAUGAGGAGAAAACCAGGACAGCCGCGGAAGCAAGCAAGACUCUGAAGAACAGCCAGAUGAGAACAGAGCAAAAGGAAGGGAAGAGAAAAAAAAAGUAUCCUUCCUCCUCCAAAGAAGGGUCAAAGGAUCACCAUAUCAACCAAGGGGAAGACGUCCAGCAUGGGGACCCUGUUAACAAUAAAUUAGACCGGCUGUUGGAUCGGUUCGACAAAUUGGAUGUGUGGAGGGAUGAGACGGAUCGGAGAUUUGAAAAUCUGGAGGCGCCUUCCGCACGCGAGGUAGAACCCCCUUCGCGCCAGGGCGAUUGGGAGGAGUAUGAGGAGUUGGACGUAAGGGGCAAAAGACCAUGGGACCGUGGGCUCAGGCCACACCGCGCACCGGUCGGCUGGGAACCAGCGAGGGUUGACUCAGGCCGUUCGCGACUUAACGGGUUUAAUCAAGCGUUUGAUCGCCCCCCGUCCUGUUGGGACCCCCCCCAACGAUUUGCAUCGCGCGAAUCACCCUUCGACAGGACCGAGAGGGUGAAGAUGGCGGCACCACGAUUCGAUGGCUCGGACGCUACCAAUUGGGUGUCCCAGGUCCAGUUUUAUUUUAAUCAUCUGAUGAUGCCGGACGCACAGCGCUUACACUACGCAGUAAUGUUGUUCGACCCACCAGCGUCGGAAUGGGUUUUUAAUUAUUGCGCAAAAAAUGAAGUUGUCACGUGGCAGGAGUUCUUGGAUGAUGUGCGCCAUCGUUUUGAUAGACAGAGCUUUCAAGACUACUUCGGUCUAAUUGCGAAGUUGACACAGACCGGUACGGUGCUCGAGUAUCAUGACACGUUUGAGAAGUACCUUAACCGGAUUCAAGGCGUUCCGGAGAAACAGCUCUUCACGCUGUUCGUGGCCGGUUUAAAGCCGGAUAUGAAGGAAAGGUUGAGUCUACAUCGCCCGUCGUCCCUAGCCGCGGCGAUGGCCUUAACCUUGGAACUGGUAGACUCGCACCCCGAUCGACAACAGCCACAGAUGACAGCUCGUCGCCCGUGGCAACCUUGGGAUAGUCGCACUCCGACGGCCUCGAACCCCACCCAGUCUUCGGCCGAGACCCCCGUAGGUCAACCGCAGCAGACAGCUCAGGGGCGGCCUCCCAUCCACGCUCGUCUCCCUCAAAUCCGGGUGUCCCAGGCUGAAAAAGCAGAACGGGCGAAGCUGGGCCUCUGCUACUUCUGCCCGGAUAAGUGGGUCGUGGGGCACGUUUGCAAGCAGCGACUACUCUAUUAUGCAGAUGAUCCCGUCGACGUGGAGGACGAGGAUUUAGAGAACAUCCCGACUGAGGACUUCGAGGAUACAGAGGUAGCGCAUGUCCACACGAUGAAUGGCGGCCGACGGUCGCGGCCUUUGAAUGUGCUGGGCACCAUCCAGGACCGGGAAGUAAGUGUUUUGAUUGAUACGGGGAGUGAUCGGGAUUUUCUCCACCCGCAUAUCGCGGAGGGAUUGCACCUACCGAUUGAUCAUAUUCGGCCGUUUAGGGUGAUUGUGGGGAAUGGCGAGGCACUGCUUUGCACGCACGUAUCGAAGCAGACAAAAUUGGACAUACAAGGAACCACAUUCUUGGUGGAUCUACACAUUUUGCCGGUACACGGACCGGACGUGAUAUUGGGGAUGGACUGGCUCGAGUCCUUGGGACCAAUCACUGCAGACUUCGCGGAUAAGAAGCUUACUUUCUUUCAGGGGAAUUGCCAGGUGGUGCUGCAGGGUAUAUUACCCCCACCCCGCCGCGCUACUCUCCAUCUGUUGGCAUCAUUAGUGCCGCCACGUGAGGGGCACGACAUCUUCGAACUGUUGUUACUGGACCCAGAAGCUGUUCAAGGCGGGGCCACAGCGAGCGAGGAUUUUCCGGUGGGCCUACCAUCGGGUAUAGUGGAGGUAUUGACAAAAUUCAGGACGGUUUUUAGCUUGCCGACGGGGAUGCCCCCCAAGCGCCCUUUCGACCACCGGGUUCAUCUGUUGCCGGGUACGAGACCCAUCAACGUGCGGCCUUACCGCUAUCCUUACUUUCAGAAGAAUGAGAUUGAGCGGCAGGUGAAGGACAUGCUUGAACAGGGCAUCAUUCAACGAAGCAACAGCCCGUUCUCGUCUCCAGUACUUCUUAUCUGGAAGAAGGAUGGGACGUUCCGCUUCUGCAUUGAUUACCGGGCCUUGAAUAGCGCCACCACUCCGGAUCAUUUUCCGAUCCCAACGGCAGAUGAACUCUUUGACGAGCUGGGCAAGGCUCGAGUUUUCACUAAAUUGGAUCUGCGUUCGGGAUACCACCAAAUCAGAAUGCAUGAUGCGGACAUUUUCAAGACGGCUUUCCGCACUCAUGAUGGCCACUUUGAGUUUCUGGUCAUGCCGUUCGGCCUCACAAAUGCACCAUCGACGUUUCAGGCAGCGAUGAACGCGAUUUUUCAACCAAUGCUCCGGAAGUUUGUUAUCAUCUUCUUCGAUGACAUUUUAGUCUACAGCCCGUCGGAGGAGGCGCACGGGCAGCACCUGGCCGAGGUACUCUCCGUGCUUAAGAAAAACGACUUCUUCGUAAAGCUUUCGAAGUGCUCGUUUUGCAGCACCACGGUGGAAUAUCUAGGGCAUCUGAUCAGCGAGGGCCUUUUAAAGGCCGAUCCGGGAAAGAUUACCGCAAUGACGGCGUGGCAUACGCCUAAGUCAGUCAAGGAGCUUAGGGGAUUUUUGGGGCUGACAGGAUACUACCGUCGCUUUAUUGCGGGGUAUGCCAUGAUUGCGGCUCCGUUGACCGAGCUACUCAAGAAGGAUUCCUUCCGUUGGUCCCCGGAGGCAAAUGAGAGUUUUAUGAACUUGAAGACAGCGAUGUCGUCGGCCCCGGUUCUACGUCUACCCGACUUCGAACGCCAAUUUUGUAUAGAGACCGACGCGUCGGAUCUAGGCAUCGGGGCAGUAUUGUUGCAAGAUGGCCAUCCUAUAGCCUACUUCAGCAAGAAACUGGGACCCCGACGUCGGGUGGCGUCAACGUAUCACAAGGAAUUGUACGCCAUCGUAGAGGCGGUACAAAAAUGGCGACAGUAUCUCUUGGGCCGUGAAUUCGUGAUUAGAAGCGAUCAAAAGAGCUUGAAAGAAUUGCUACAACAAAUCGUUCAGACCCCGGAUCAACAGCUUUAUGUGAGGAAAUUAAUGGGGUACAAGUUCACGAUCGAAUACAAAAAGGGGUCGACCAACCGCGCGGCUGACGCAUUGUCACGCCGCGCAGAGACGACCAAGGGUGAGCCUCCGGUUGAUGCAGCGGGCGGGGACUUCGCUGGGGAGCAGGCUGACGGAGCUCUGCUGGCAGCAGCCGCCUGCCCAGUUCCACAGCUUAUCAACCUAUUGCGGCGCGAGACGGCCUCGUCUCCAGAAAUGCGGGAAUUGACCAAGGACAUUAAGGAGGGUCGCGCCCAGCCUCAUUUAUCGUACGUAGACGGGUUAGUCUACUACAAGAGGCGCAUAUUUGUGGGGUCCCGGUCAUCCGCGCACACACCGAUACUGACUGAAUAUCAUUGCUCACAGUCGACGGGAUACCCGGGCUUUGAACGAACGCUGCAGAGAGUGACGGCCGAGUUCUACUGGCCAAAGAUGAAGAAAGAGAUCCGUCGUUUCGUCGAGGCAUGUGUGGUCUGCCAGACCACCAAAUAUUCUACUCAAAAACCGGCGGGUUUGCUACAACCUCUACCGAUCCCUUCUCAGGUUUGGGAGGAUGUAUCGAUGGAUUUCAUUACGGGACUGCCACCCUCGCGGGGCUACACGGCCGUAAUGGUCGUCGUGGAUCGUCUAUCUACGUACGCCCACUUUGCGGCCUUACCAACGCGGUUCGAUGCACUACGGGUGGCACAUUUGUUUGUGAAUACGGUGGUCCGACACCAUGGGUUUCCCAAGACAUUGGUUUCAGAUCGCGAUUCGGUAUUCCUAAAUAAGAUUUGGGAGGAAAUCAUGCGCCUAAGUGGGACCAAGCUGAACUUUUCAACGGCAUACCACCCUCAGUCGGAUGGCCAGACGGAGGUGCGAAAUAGGGGGCUCGAGCAGUAUCUGCGCGCCUUCGCGAGGGACCAACCGUCGAAGUGGACGAACUUCUUGCCGUGGGCGGAGCUGGCUCUUAAUUGCUUCUAUCAUGCGGGCCUAGGCAUGUCGCCUUUUAAGGCGUUAUACGGGAGAGACCCGCCAAGCUUAGUCUUUGCGCCUCCAUCGGCCGCGACGCCGGCCACCGUGGCGGAUUUGAUACGCCAGCGGAAUCAGUUGUUGGUGCAGCUUCAUGAGAACUUGGCCCGCGCACAGCAGCGGAUGCGUGACUCGGCGAACAGGCAUCGGCGAAACCUAGAGUUUGUGGUAGGGGAUAAGGUGUUGCUCAAACUCCAGCCUUAUCGACAGCAUUCCGUCGCACGUCCGUUGUAG